CAGCUGCUAAUCGGCCGGCCGGAUGUAAGAAAUGACCUUUGACCAUAACAGUGGAGCAUUUGCCGAGACGAGAGUUCCUCGAACCUCAUGGAUUUGUUAAUAUAGUUAUGGAUCAACCGAAAGGAGAGGUUCCUGCAGAGGGAAAGCAAUCAGAGGACAUUGUUCCAGAUGAAGACCAGACUAUUAAGCAUGAAGAUACAACUCCAAACCAAGACAUCUCAGAGAAUGAACAAUUUCAAGCGGUUGCAGAAGAUUCUCAAAAAGACCCUGCCAAAGAAGAGCCAGACAUUAACUCAGCGAUGGCAGAGCAGAGUGCCCCAGGGAGUGAUCGAGGUUCAGGAAAUUCUGUGACAGAUGAGAACACUGCUGUAGCUGUGAAGGGCAGCGGGGAAGAUGUGGUGACUGUGUCAAAGGAUUGCGAAGACCAAGCUCCUAAGGAAAGCAUCAAGAAAACGGACAAGAUGGAUGAAUCCCAAUCAGACAAAACUGCUCAGGCAACAGUUGCUCCUAUUCCCAUUCCUGUCCCAAGAGAUUCAAAAGAAAUUUCAGUAGAAAAGGACAAAGACAUUAAACCUGCAGAUGAAAGUGAGAAAGAAGAAAAUACGGCAGUAGUGGACAAGCCAUGUAAAUCUGAAGGAGAACUAGAAAUUAAAGUAAGUGCGAAACAGGAUGCAGGUACCAAGGCCAACAAAGAUGAAAAGAAGUCUUCAACAUCUGAUACACACAGUGCCAAAGAAAACAAGCAAAGUACAGAUAAACCUAAGAAACCAGAGAAAAUGCCCAGUGGUCAAGAUCAUUUGGAAAGUGACCUUCCAAACAAAGAACGUGGAGGAAAGUCAUACUCCGCCCAACGUUCUGGUAGUAGAGUAGUUGGUAAGAAGGUGGAAGAGGAGCCGAAGAAAUUUGGCAGAGGUUCUGUUGAAGUAAGGGCUUCUGAUGGGAAAGGCGGAUAUGACGAAAGGAAGGGAGGGCAGACUGGACAGAGGAGAGGUAAAGAAAUAGAUGUGAGGAAUGAGAAAGGCAUACAGAGAACCAGGGACAGAGACAGAGAGAGAGACAGGGAGAGAGACAAGCCAAGAGGAGAUCCGUACAAAGACAAGACAUCUGAAAGAAGAAGAGAAAAUGAUUCAAGAGGAUCAAGAAGACGGGAAGAAGACAAAUCAAGGGGAAGGGAGGAGAGGAUGAAGGAAGAUGAGGAAAAAAGAAAGAAGGAAGAAGAAGCCCGGAAGAUUCAGGAGGAAAAGAAGAAAGAAGAGGAUAAAAUAAAGCAGGAAGAGGAGAAGAAAAGACAGGCAGAAGAGCAGGUAAUGAAAGUAAAAUUGGCAUUUUUGUCUCUAAUAUUCUGAAUUUCACUAAAUCUACACAGACUGCUCAGA